UGACUCUGAAUUUUCGUUCAGACAUUUAGUUAAAUUGGUGAAGUGUGACAUUAAUCAUCGAUCCGUUAAUUUCAUAAGAUAUUUGAAAAUAAAAUUCAAACCGUGAAUUUUGAUGUAAUUUUGACUUCUUUUUCUUUUUUUUUCUUUUUUGUAUAAAUAAAAGCAAAUAAAUGUUAAAUAAAAAACAGCAAGAAGAUUGAAAAGUUUGAAGUUUAUUGCCGAAGAAGCAUUAAAAAUUGAAAAGGGGAAAAAAAUAUUCGAUUCGAUCAUUCAAUCAAAACAAUUGGAUUGAUUUUUAUCAGUAAAUAUUGCAAUCUUAUAUGAUUUUCCUGAAAAUUUAAUUAGGGUGUUAAAUCAUGGCGGCAUUAAUAAGAAUAAUAUACGAUGGCUAUCGUCACAUUAAUGAAAACCUAUCAGAUUUGGUUCUACGAUGAGAAAAUAAUAAAAAGAAAUAAUUGAAAAAAAAAAAUUAAAGAUAUGGAAAGAAAAAAAUAUGAACCUUUUACAUAGUUAAGAUCUUUCUCCAAGUGUUAAGAUAAAAAUUUUUGUUUUUUGGAGAUCCUCGGACGCAAGACUACUUCCUCAUCAAAUCACCAUGGGGUUAUCUCAGUAUAAUAUUAUUUUACUUGUAUUUCGUGUACGAAUUGGGACCCAAUAUCAUGGCAAAGAGGAAACCAUUCAAUCUGGAUAAAAUUUUACAGAUAUAUAAUCUGAUUCAGAUAGUAUCGUGCGGAUAUAUAUUUUAUAAGGCAAUGGUUUUAGCCUGGUUAAACGAUUAUAGUUUCUAUUGUCAACCAGUUGAUUAUUCAUACGAUCCUCGCGCAGUAGAGAUAACCAGAAUGGUUUGGCUUUACUUCCUGAUAAAGCUUUUCGACUUGCUCGAUACAGUCUUCUUCGUCCUCCGAAAGAAACAACAACAAAUAUCGUUCCUCCACGUCUAUCAUCACACAGGAAUGACUUUUGGCACCUGGGUAUGCACUAAAUUCUUGCCCGGCGGUCACAUCACUUUAUUAGGUACGAUAAAUUGUUUCGUUCACGUGGUUAUGUACACCUACUAUCUGAUCACUUCGUUACAAUUAAGCAAACCAUGGUGGAAGAAAUACGUGACCCAAUUACAACUCACACAAUUUUGUGUAAUACUGGUACACUUUAUAUUGCUGGCGUGGGGUGAGGAUUGCGGUUUCCCGAAGUGGACAGCUGGGAUAAUGAUUCCUCAAAAUCUCUUCAUGAUCGUGCUGUUCGGCGAUUUCUACUACAAAGCGUACAUAAAAAAGCAUAAGAGCAGCACGAACGGUGUUACAACGAACGAGAAGUUAAAAAAUCAAUAGAAAUUUUAGUUUGCUUGUGCGUUUUUCAACAUUGUUCAAUUUGUGACACACUGAGAGGCUACAUACACGGAAAUCAAUUCAUCGUAUUAUAAUUUAGACAUUUACAUUACCGUCCAUCACUAUUUGGCGAUCUUUUAUUGAAAAGUAUACAAGAGAAAUGAAAUGAACAUAUAUUUUAGAUUAUACUUUAGAUUUAUGUAUUUUCGUAUUAAAUAUAUUAAAAAAUUUUCAGAAAAUAUUUAUCAAAAUGUAAAAUAUAGAAGACAAUUUCUUUUUCUCUGAUAUUUAGAAACAUAAAUAUAAUAAUAAAAAAAAAAUUUUCGUUCCUAUAUUUUAGUCUUGCUUUAAUAGAUAUAUUAGGCGAAUAAAUUAUACGUGACAAUUUAUUUUAAAAAUAUAUUUAUUGUUUACACAUUACACGAUUAUUUAUAUGAAAACGUGAUAUUACAAAAAUUUUUUAAUCAUGUUUCACGAUUAACUGACUAAAUUCUCAUGGACAGUAGUGUAUUAAUAUCGAAAAUAAUAUAAUGAUCCGAAUAUUAUAAAAUUAUUUGAUUCACGAACAAUCGUGACAUUCCUUUUUUAAAAUUGAUCAGCGUUCAGCAUAAAGUUUUUUCGUUUCAUUUUCUGUUGAAACUUAUUCAAAUAAAAAAGCUCUAUAAUGUGUUCUCUGUAAUUGAAACGAUAAUUCUCAGUCUUAUUUUUGUUCAUUUUACUCAAUUAUUUAUCAAUAUCUUAAGCAAUAAUUCUAUGUAAUAAUUGCGCAAACUUUGAUAAGUACAAACGUAAUUAUUGAUAUGUAAAAUUAUUUUAAUUAUCUGUUUAACAAGGUGCCAAACGAGUACAUUAUCCUCUUUAUCACUAAAAGUAGCUCAAUUGCGCGAAUUUCCAUAGGAGGAGAAUACGUGACGUCACAUUAUCCCCACUUAUUCUUAGAUGUAUCACGUAACUAGACUUCUACCAAAGCCAAAUAUUGUGUGACAUCGAUUCUGGCUAACCUAGCAAUGGUAAUGGAGAUGGUAAUGUGAUGUGAAUUCUGCAAUGCAAAAUAAUAUAACAUAUUCUAUACAGAAAUUUGUCAGACACAAAAAUUAAUUAAUACUUUUAAUGAUAGAGAGAAUAAUAUAUUCUGCUUAUCCGACAAUUCUGCAGGAAAGAUAAUGACUAUGGAAAUUUAUAGAAAAUUUAAAAAUUUAUUUAAAAUGCAUAUAUAUAUCCUAAAUGACAAAAUGUAAACUACAUUUAUUAUUUUCUAUUUAAGUUUCAUUUUUUUAUUCGUGUUCAAAAAAUUUUAAAGUAAUUAUGUAAAAGUAUAUAACUUUUUUCUACGUUGUAUGUUAUGCUGUCUUCUUAUAAUUUCCGAAUUUACAAAAUUUUUUGAUAAAUUUUAUUUAUAAUUGAUGUUUUGCUCAUGUAUCGCAUGAAACGUAUCUUAAGAUUAUUAAAAUCGAUGAAAUGAGAUCACACUUUUAGAUAUUAAAUUUAAAUUUGCCUAAAAAUUAACAAUGAUAAUCAUAAGGAUGAUAAUAUUUGCGCUGGAAGCAAAUUCGAUGACUUCUAACAAUUGCGAUAUACAUACAUAAUUUCACUAAUUUGAAAUUAUAUCUUCUUUAUUUAGAAUCAAUAUAUGUUACUACUUGUAAAUAAAUAGAUAAUCAAUUCUCCAA